AUGGGUAGUGUUAUAGAUGAUGUUAACUCUACUUCACCUUCCAACGGUUUUGCUUCGUUUUCCUUGGAUCUCUCACAUCCCUUCUAUAUUCAUCCCUCGGAUAAUCCCGGGAGUCAACUGGUAUCUGAUCCAUUCAGUUGUGGGUUUGUGUUAUGGCGUAACAGUAUGCUUCUUUCCCUCUCUGCAAAGAAUAAACUCAGUCUAUUAGAUGGCAGAGUCAACCAACCCACUCCUGACUCUCCUUAUUAUCCAUGUUGGGACAUGUGCAAUGAUAUGGUUAACGCUUGGAUAACUAAUUUGGUAUCUAGAGAAAUAGUUGUUAGUGUGAUGUGUUUUACAACUACUAAGGAAGUCUAG